AUGACUCCAAAAACCAUAGUUUUAGUUUGCGUCGGAACUUGGAUUUUCGUUGCCGAAAUAUCCUCGCAAGGGGGAAUUUCAACACUGCCCCAAGCCAUAGCAGAUUUAGUUGAAAAGUCUUAUGUUCAGCACACGACGGGAUUCAAUUUCUUUGUCCAUUGUAAAGAGAACAAUUUGCAAAGAAUUCAGUAUUUCUAUGACCUUCUGGAUUUUACUCUACGAAAAAUCGGAGAAAUUAUUUCGGUUAGAAUUGGUGUUUUCGAAGAAUUGUACACGGACAGUCAGCGUCAUUAUAUUGUUAUAGCGGUGGAUUCGUUUUCGGCAAUGGAUAAACUCUUUCGAGAAAUCAAUGUGAUGCACUUCAAUAUCGACGGACACCUUGUGAUUGUUCUGAAAACUUUCGAAGGCCAUUAUCACAGCGAUAUGGUUAAAAUAUUUGAUCUGUGCUGGGAGAUUGGAAUCGUAAAUGCUAAUGUUGUUGUGGAAGUUAUUCCGGGCGCUGUGAUGAUGUUCACUUAUUUUCCAUUCACUAAGACUUCAUGUGCCAUAGUCGCACCAGUGCUCUUUAAUAGAUUCACGAAUUCAGAGUGGGAAAAUGAUGAUUUGUUUCCGUCGAAGAUUCGAAACUUGCAGGGUUGUCCCUUGAAUUGUGGCACUUGGGAGGAUGAACCAUAUUUGAAAGUUCUGCAUAAUGAACAAGAAAAUCAGGAGUAUAAUGGUAUCGAAGGGAAACUGCUUGAAUUCAUAGCAUCCCAGAUGAAUUUUACCAUUAAUUUUUACUUUUUGAAUGAAACCCAGAUUGAAAGGACUCUAGACGAUAAAGGAGAUGUGUUUGAUGAGCUAUUUUGGGCAGGGAUGGAUUUUGUGAUUGGAGCACUGCACUAUAAGCCCACAUUUUAUGAGGACUACUUUAAUCCCACAAAUGGAUACUACUUAAGCGAUUACUGCAUCAUUCUCAGUUCGAAACGUGAAAAACUCCCACCAAUUACUAAACUUCUUUUUCCCUUCACCUUCUCGGUGUGGCUUUAUGUAAUGAUCUACUUCGGAGCUGGAGCAUUAGUAGCUUUAGGGGCAAAGUGGUUAGCAGACCACGUAAGGGACUUCAUUCUUGGUUCGAUGAAUCGGAUUGCACUGUACAAUAUGUUCUACACAGCUAUUGGGGGAGGGGUACAUAGAAUCCCAGGAACAAAUUUCGCUCGUUUUCUGCUCUGCACAUGGAUGCUUCUUUGGUUGGUCCUUCGAUCUGGAUAUCAAUCAGCAUUGUUUAACUUCAUAAGAAUGGACAUUUCCCUGCCACCACCUGAUAAUAUCGAUGAUGUUCUAAAAGACAACUAUAGAAUUCUUCUAACUCCUGCUGUAUAUAAGGUCUUGGACAAACUUCCUUUGAUACAGGCCGCUUCGGAAUUACUCAACGGCACAGAAGUGGAAAACUUUCCAAUGCUUCUGGAUGAAUCAAAUAGUAAAGUUGCUAUUCUUGUGCCAUAUGAGUAUUUUGGUUACUAUAAGAAAAUUAAUUUGGAAAAAAUCAGUGAAUUUCAUGUUGUCAAAGAACAUCUCUUCACCCAACAGCUAAGUAUGUAUUUGAGGAAGGACUCGUUUUUAGUGUCGCCGUUUAAUAAAUUGAUCUUGGAGUAUUAUAGCAAUGGCUUGACACUGAAAUGGGAGAGAGCGUUUAUUGUUAUGAAAAAUAGACAUGAAAAGGAUAAAUCAGCACCGUUUAAGGUAAUGACACUGUUAGAAGUCUACGGAGCAGUUGAUGUGUUCUUUUUUGGAAUUGCAAUUGGAGCAGUUGUUUUUGUGGGGGAGAUUAUUGUUUUUAGAAUUAUGAAGAGUCAUCGGAAGUUUUUCAAAAGAUUUUUCAAGACAAGGCGAAAGGUUGGGUACUACUAACGGAUUUAAAUAAAAUGCUAG